GGAGAGGAGACGGGACGCGGCACGGACGCUCGCCAUGUUGUCGGUUGAAGGGCUGAUUCUGAGGGACGGCGGAGGUUCACAUAUUCUGUGGCACUGGACCAAACCAUUAUCCGAGAAAUGGGGGUGUCAUUGCAGUUAGUUGGAAAGACUUUGCCCUUAAAGUUUAUAUUACUGUCUCUUUUACAGUCAGCAAGACUUUUUUCAUGCUAUAACUGUGGAAAUAUAUUCUUAUACCGAACUGUAUCAAAUUUGGGGACUUCUGUAUAAAAUUGAACUCAUGGUCUACCCCCGGUCGGAGAUGAUAGUCUGUGAAAGCGUAAUAAAUUGUGUAAGCUGGGUGUGCAGGAACAAAUGUAUAAGUGACCUAGACUUUUCAUUCAAGGUGAGAGACAGCACCAUAUACUUAUUAGACAUACCCCGGCUCGUAGUCGGACCUAACGAGCUUUUAUAUUCCGUUUAAUUUUUCUGUAAAAAAUCUCGGCCAUGCGUAUGCCACGAAGCUAAAAUGUUAGCUAGCACGUUAGCUCACAGCUAGCUUUGUUUGUGAUUAGCUUAGCUGUCAAACUGGCAGCGGUGGUGUGCCUGCUCCUGCUUGUUGCAGUGUUUUGAUUAAUUCUAACCAGUUUACUGCUAUAACACUUAAACAUAUAGUAUUGUGCACAGCCUCUAUAUCACAUGCAAACCCUCAAAUCAUUUUUAAGUAGCUUGCCUUUUUCUAAAUAAAUGCAGCAAUAUGCGAAAUCAUUUUAGGAAGAACUAACAUGAAUGGACCCGCGGACCCCCAUGAUAGGCUUUGCAAAUAACUUAAUGCUGGAAUGUCUGACGUCACUUGGUUGCAUACCAAAGGCCAUGUGUUUUGAUUUGUUAUGUAUGUCUUACAGGAGCCCCCAUGAACAACUUGAAUGACCCACCUAGAUGGAAUAUACAACCAGACCCAAGAGGAAGGGGGGCGGGGGCCGGUGAUGGGAACCAAUGGAAUUACGCCUUGCUGGUCCCCAUGUUGGGACUGGCUGCAUUUCGUAAGUUACACAAGGUGAUGUGUUUGUGUAAGUAAGAGGUGACACAUGGAGGGGAGGUGCCUCUGCAGCUGACAACAUCUUACUGGCUUUUGUUGACACUGAAAAAUUAAUUGUAAUAAGAAAAAUGUAUGCACACAUUUUGAAUCUGAUGCAAACAACAGGUUUCAAAAAGUUGUGUAGUGUUAAAAAUUGUGAGAAAUCUCCACAUAAAAGGGGCAAAACAAAGAAAAACAGGAUGGCUGUGAUUAUAAGCAGCACUGCAUCAACAACAGUGAAAGUGACUGCAUGGGCUUAAAGUAACUUCCAAAAUACAUUAUUUUGAGCAGUUAGAUGCUACAUCUACAGAAGCUGGUGAAAGGGAUAUUCCGGCCUAAAACUAAUGUAGGGUCAAACACACCGUAACACUGAGUUAGACACCCCCUUGAAAGAUGAAUGUUGCUGACCGCUUGCCUUUUUAGUUAUACCAAAUUUAGUAACGACCACACAAUAGCAAUACACAGUGGUCUAUAGAGCCAUACACAAACCUCAAACAUAAAGCCACUCUAUAGCCACAAAUAAUGCUCAGAACAGCACCUAACUUCAUCAACAGUACAUAUAGGUUCCCAGCCAUAGUACUAGUCACCAAACAUCUUUUUAACUUUGCCUAAUUUCUUUCGCAAAGAGACUAAACACAAUUUACCCACUCUCCUCCAGCAGCCACUUGUUUGUAGCGAGACCUCGGGCCAGUCCAUUACAGACUACAGCGGGGUGAUGCAGCUCAAGGAAGAACAUUUAUGAACAUUUCCUCAUGGAAAUGCAAUCAGACCGAGACGCUAAGACUGAAGAACUACAGCGUCAGCAGUGCAAAAUGAUAAAUAUGGUGAUUAUUACUUCAAGGAGAUGAUAAAGUAAUGAUCAUAAAUGUUCUUCACUGAGAUGCGUCACCCUGCAGCAGUCCAUAAUGGACUGGCCGGAGGUCUCCCUACAAACAAGCGGCUGCUGGAAGGGAGAAGGUGAGUUGUGUUGGGUCUCUUUGCUAAAGAUACCAGGCAAAGCUAAAACUAUGUUUGUGGCUAGUGCUAUGGCUGAGACCCUAUAUUUGUGGCUAUAGAGUGGCUUUUUGGUUGAGGUUUGUUUAUGGCUCCUCAGACCACUGUGUAUUGCUAUCCUGCGGUUUUUACGAAAGUUGGUCUAAUGAGAGAAGCAAGCGGUCGGCAACAUUCAUCUCUCGACAGGGUGUCUAACUCAGUGUUACAGUGUGUUUGACCCUGAAUUAUUUUUACGUCGGAAUAUCCCUUUAAAAGUACCACACAUAGAGGAAGUCAUAGAGGAGCAGGAUUGGGGAGUGCUGUGAUUUCUCUUGGCCCAAGGCCUUUUAUGAUGGACUGAAGCAAUAUGAUAAUCUGUAUAAGGAUUCAAAUUUUGACAUUCGUUUUGGAAAUCACAGAAAACACACUUCUUGUUCAAAUGAUGUCAAAGUUUUUUAAGUUUUCAAAUCUUCUUUACUCUGGAUCACAUCUCCUUCUCUGACACUAGGUUGGAUCUGGACCAAGGAGUCUCAGAGGGAGAUCCAAAAGGUGAAAGCCCAGUAUGACAAAGAUGUGUCUAUAAUUAAAAAUGAGAUGGAGGCAAAGUACAAAGAGACGCUGACGGAGAGGCGAAGGGCGGCAGCUUUACUUGAGCUUGAGCUGGAGAAGGAGAGACAUAGAGUCACAGGCUACAAGCAAGCCCUGGUCUCACAGAGCCAGAACCUGAUGGAAGAGCGCAAAAAGUUACAGCAGGUAAAAUAUUCUUGCUCCCGCUGUUAUUAUGCAUUUCUUGAUCAGUUGUGCCCCUCUUGACUGGAAAAAAAUGCCUCUCCCUUAUUAGGAGCGUGAGAAAUUAGAGGAAGAAAAGCAAAAGCUGGUUAAGUCUGGAGCUGCAGGGGCUGUGCUUCACCAAGCCCUGGAGCGAGAGAACAACUGGUACCAUCGUGCCACAGCCACUCUGAAGGAGCUGGAGGGUCUGCUCAUGGAGCGACAGAAUGCCUACUGCUCCCUGAUCCAACCCAAAGAUCAACGUCUGGAGAUGGAGAAGAACAUGCUGCUAAAGGUCGUUAAAGAACCCAUCAGUGCAGAACUGGACCUAGAGUCAGAUCUGAAAGACAUUUUUAAGCGAGAUAAGUACUGCGCAGACCUGUUGAACAUGGACAAGAAGAAGAAUGGAAGCCUUAUGUGGGUUUACCUCAAGUAUUGGCAGCUACAGGUCACCGUCCAGAAACACAAGCGAGCUGAAGAAGCCAUACUAGGAGGAAAAAUACAGUCUCAGACAAAGUGACGAAAGACUAACGCAAUCUGUAGGUUUUUUUUAUUUUUUUUUAUUUGACCUUGAAGAAUGUUUUAAGAAUGUGGGUCAGGGAUGGAAAUAUGUUUUUCACUUUAACUGAUAUGGUUACUAUGGAAUCACACAAAAGAUCAUUAGCAAGUCCAACACCUGGACUCUCCUCAGCUGCACUUUUCUUAAGAAGGGAUAUUUUGAGAAAGCUGAAAUUCAGUGUAGUCAGAGCCUUGCAGCCCUUGUUUGCCAAACACACACGCUUAAAAACAACUUUGUGAAAACCCUAAACAAUAAUAAUAUAUCAGGGUUGUUUAGUUAAUAUCCAUACAUGGAGGGUUCUCUAUUUUUUCCCCUGGUAAGUACAUUUGUGUAAUAUUUGUGUUCAUUUAACUGACACUCAAAGUGCAUGGAUUAAUGACUUGCUUAAUUUAUUGUAGAUUUGCACCUUGGGCAUAAAAUUGAGGGCUGCAAUGAUAUUUUCUUUGAGAUGUUAUAAAACACACAUUCAGAAAAAAAAAUCUCAUCAUAGUUAAAGCAACAACCAGGAAUUGUAAGAGCAUAGUCAAGAGUCAAUUUUUUCCAACAAUAUUUUGAUGGAAAAGUCGCUUAUGUCUGUCUGUGAGGUGUUGGGGCACUGUGUAUCAAUGUAAGAAUGAUUUUUUUUUUAAUCAUGGUAUCUGACGGGCAUCACUAAUCUCUUACCAGCACUUUCUGUCCAUGACUUACCUCCUUCUACUCCAUCUCUCUGUACUCUCUAAUGUGUGUUGAAUUUAAGGGAUUCUUUUCCUAUCACUGGCCUUUCAUGUCAUGUCUGUGUUCAACUAUCAGGGAAAGAGACUCUGCAGGUGCAUGUGAAUAUAAAUACAAUCACUGUAUGAAAAUAAAAUGCAAACACAAAAUAGACAUUACCCUUUGUACUUCCAUAUUCACCUCUGCAGUUAAAGAAGCAGCUUCACACCUCGGGGUAACAAGCUGUUGUGUUUGUUUCGACUAUCGCUGGAUCAGUAAAUGCUGGAGGAUUCAUCACAAUAAACUAUGGUUUGAAGGAUGUUAGUAUGUCUGAU